AUGUUUAGAAGAAUUCUAAGUAUUAUUCCAAUUACCUUAUUAGCACUAGCCCUGGUUGCGCUUUUCAUUUUGAAUUUAUCAGGAGUAACCACUCUGGGACUCUUGACUCAUAUAUAUUUUAGUCGAGUGCAAGGUGCCUUGCCAACUCAGAACUUAAAUAUAACAUGGUACUUGUAUAGAUUGGGAUUCCUGAUCAAUGGCUCUAGUACUCAGUUCACUCGUAUUAAAGCUGCUAUUCCAUAUUCACCAGCUGAUAACAUUGUUUCUGGUCAAAUACCAAUUUUUUUUGAAAGAAAUAGAAAUACAUUUUAUUAUGGCUCCAGAGUUGCUUAUGCGUUCCUUGUGUUAGCUUUAAUAUUUACGGUUUUGGCUUUCUUGAGUCAAAUAUUAAGUCCUAUAUUUAUACGAGUGUUCAGCCCAAUAGCAUUAGCUUUAUCUGUCGCUGCCGUUAUUACUGAUGCUGUUGCAGUGGCGCUUCUUAUUGGUCUCCAUGGUCGUGGAGUUAGUGCUUGGGUGAACGAUGGAGCCAAUGCCAAAGUUGGGAUAGCCGCAUUUGUGCUUUUGGGUGUAAGUUUGUUACUUUUGAUUGGUAGUACAAUGUUCAGUUGUUGUGUUGUUACAACCAAACGUAAAGACCGUGAUAAUGGUGUCCCACCACAAGGAAUUCCACCUCCAGGAGGUCCUCAAAUGGGAGGGUAUCAGUAUUACUAG